AUGCCUCGCCAGUCCCGUGGUUCCUCUCGCCCUGCUCCCCGUCCCGCACCCGCGGCUCCUUCCCGCGGUGCCAGCACGGCUGCUAUGCCCUCCCAACACGCUCCGGCAGCACCCGCACCUCCCGCUCACGCCCAAUCGCACGCUGCACCUUCCCAGGGUCCCGGAAUGCUCGCGCAAAUGGCCGCAACCGCCGGUUCAGUCGCUGUCGGUAGCACGAUUGGUCAUGGUCUCUCCUCGAUGCUCUUCGGCGGCUCGAGCUCGGCACCCGCACCCGUUGAACAGCAGGCUCAGGCCGUACAACAGACGAACUGGAGUGGAAGCAGUUGCGAGGUGCAGGCGAAGGACUUCACGAAGUGCUUGGACAAGGCGGAUUUGCAGAGCUGCUCUUGGUACCUUGAGCAGCUGAAGGCUUGCCAAGCUGCCGCUGCACAGUACUAG